UACCCCACUCUCCCCACGCCGACCAUGCCUUCCGCCUACCCCGCUGUGCUCGCGGUCGUUCUCGCCCUUGGCCUCGCGCUGCUUGCUGCCGCCUCCAGCGACACCACCACUCCGCCGCCUCCGGCCGUCAUGCCGGCCACGUUCUUUGCAUCGUUUGAGGAGACGGUGUACAAGGACGGCAAGCCGACAAACGAUCCGGUCGCCGACGGCUUCUUUGGCUACACGUACACCGACAACUUUGUGGCAUCGAUCACCUUCCGCAACAACGGCAUCGAGAACCCCGUGUGCCAACUGGUCCAGACCCCGUCAACCAUUGCUGCCAACGCGUCGUGCACUCAGUACGCGUACGGCGACGGAUCGCGGACCAUCACCUACGGCGAGUCCAAGGACCCGGACUUUUGCUGCGUCCUCCAGCCGGCCGGCUCGUUCUGGGGCCCGGUGCUCCCGAACUGGGCCGCUGCGGGCUCGUACGUCGGCAACGUCACCGUCGGCGACGGCGUCUGCGCCCUCUACGAGGUCAAGGCCGCCACGCCCAACGCCGUCGACACCAUCUCCAUCGAGUGGGGCACCGGCCGCCUCUGUGGCAUCGGCAACGCCGGCGGCCACGGCCUUCUCACCGUCAUGGUCCUCAACCUGGACACGUACUCUCCCAAGCCGCUCCCGGAGGCCGCCUUUGACGUCCCCGCUGCCUGUGGCUCGAACAUCGCCAAGUGCGUCUUCAAGUCCUAGCCGUGGCACUCUACGCUUUUCGACAGGUUUGCGGUCGUGGUGACCAGGUGCGGCGUACUUCAUCAUGGAAUUCUCCGCAUCUAAACACAAACAUCCCCUCCACACUCUCUGUCUCCUCCUUAAACACCUCGCUAAAAGCAAGUAACUGCCUCAAGCAUACUCCCUCUUUCAGGUACAAGCAACGAUGGGCGCAGGAUCUUCAACAAGCUGCUCAGCUGGGGAGGGCGGGUGCGGGGUGCGGAGCCAAUUUACCGAAAGCAGCUGCUCUAUCCGCUGACUCGCCCCUUAUCCACUGUCU